AUGGAUAUAGAUCAACAAGAGGCUCUAAAUUCCAUUCAGAAUUCUGUCUACAGAGCAGCCCUGAAGCUCCGCGCUGUGCAAACUCUUUGCCAAUUGCACUUGACAGAUGUCUCUCUGAUUUACCGCAUCCUGCCGAUCUGCCAGUGCCAGACUGAGAAGCAGGCCUCUCUUCCAUCUCAACGGCUCUUGGUGCUACUCGAGGAGCUUUUUGAAAGAGUCCGGUAUGAGAAACCAGGCCAGGUAGAGCCAAAGGCCCCUGAGCUGACUCUGAGCCUCCUAACUGCCGCAUAUGACAGGAAUGGAGUGGGUUUGAUCCAGCCUCGAUCAACUGCAACAGCUUUGAUUACUCUCUCGGGAGACAGCCUGCUCGCUAAAUACAGAGCACUCUUUCGGCUUUAUGCAACCUCUCCAGGAAGGAAGUCUAGCCGGGGUGUUCAUAUUACUCGAAAUGGCGUGAGGAACCUGCUGACCGACUUGCAACAGAUUUUAUCAGUGGUGGGAGAAAGCCGUAAUCUGGCGUGUGUGGAAUCUGCAGUCGGCGACUGUUUCAGCGGGGUUCUCGUGGCAGCGAUUGGGGAAGAGAAAUUCCUGUCUUGGCUCCAAGCAGAGCCUGCCAUUCUGCUUUGGCUCCCUGCCUGCUACAGACUGUCAGCAACAGAACUGGUUGUGCACCCGGUCAAAUGUAACAUUUGUAAGACCUUUCCUAUCAUGGGACUAAGGUAUCAGUGUCUGAAGUGCCUGAAUUUUGACAUUUGCCAGGUCUGUUUCUACACUGGACAGAGCAGCAAACCCCACAAGAAGUCUCACCCUGUGAUAGAACACUGUGUGCCGGUGUCAGCCAAGGAAAACACAAAGCUGUUUUUCCGCACCGUCCGAAACAACCUGUUUCAAGGGCGCUGCAGAAGGAAAGAAGCUCGGAGGAGGAAGGCCUUGAUGAUGAGCGGAGAAGACUUCCCUUCCCACAACUCAGCACUUUCCUCUUCUGUUCCGCUCAUCUUUUCUGAACAGCCAGCACACCCGAAGCCUUUCUCCUCAGUGCCUGCUUUAGGCCCAUCAUCAAGCAGGCCUUUAGGUCAAGAGGUAUUCCAGGCACAGCAAAUGGAAAACUGCAACAAACCACAGGCUCAAGAAGACACAUCCGGACAGGUACUUGCGUCUGUUAAGGCUGAGCUGAUUAAAACACAGGAAUCUGUCAAGGCCCUGCGCGGUGAAAGCAGGUACUUGAUGAAACAGCUGAACAAGUGGAAGUGCAAAGCACAGCUACUUCACUCUACCCAAGAAGAUCGAAACUGUAGAUUACAAGCAAAGAUCUGUGACCUAAUAGCAAUCCAGGAGCAUCUUACGGUGGAGCUGCAGAAAGUGAAGCAGGAAAUUAAGGUUCCUGAAAAUGCAGGACAAGUGCACAGUGGCUGCCAAGUGACUUCUGAAGGUCGGAAAAAUCAUGAGUAA